CGUGUCUCCAGGUGUGUUUUAAUCUCUCUGUGGUCUCUGCGGUGUCACGUAUCAAACGACCCGCCUCACCUGAGGCCACGAGGGGGCUUCCAGGAAGGAAGCAGGGGCGGCGCUGUGUCCCCCGACUGAUGCGGUCGAGCUUCAAACGCACCUUCAAGACUUCUGAGAAAACCGAGGACGGAUCAGAAGGGAGGGGAGGGGUAUAAAAACAAACGCACCUGAAGGCAGCAGAGAGAGGACACAGACAGACAGACAGACAGACAGAGGUUUAGAAACAGGUUUUCUUUAAGACUGAAAGUCAACACAGAAUUAAAGACGAGUGAUUUUUAUUUUCUGAAAAAUAACUGAAGCUCAGGAGAAGAAGUUUCAGAUCUGUGAAGCUGAGGUGAGACUCUGAUCGUUUCACAGAGGAGUGAUUGAUUGAUUGAUUGAUUGAUUGACUGAUCGAUCAGAGGAUGUGGAUGUGGCGCAGCGUACUGUGUGUGUCGGUGGUUUGUGGACUGGCUCUGGACUCAAACACCAUCAGAUCCUCUAAAGAGACGUCAGCGCAGAGCUCCGAGCAGCCGGAUCGUUCCCAUGGUGACCAGGUGGAGCGGGCGGGACGACACCGGACGGAGACAAAUGUCAACUCCCAUCGACGACCAGCACCUCCAUGUUCUACACCUGAGUGCAACGUACCUGUGAGGGGGGGGUGCAGUAACAGAGCCCAGAGGAGGCCGUCCUCUCCGGACAGACCGGUGGACAGACACACAGACAGAGACACAGACACCGACAGCUUCAACAGGACCAAAGCUCCGGAGAUGUCGAGCUGCGUCCGGUCUGGUGACUGCGCGGCCGGUCUGUGCUGCGUCCGGUACCUGACAGGUAAACGGUGUCAGAGGAUCCCGGUGGAGGGCGAGGCCUGUCUGCUGCGAGGCUCCACCAAGCUGAGGAGGAACCUGGGGCGCUGCGACUGUGACGCGGGGCUGUCCUGCACCGCCCUCAGCCGGGCGGAGUCCGGGGGCAAGAACAAGGGCCAGGGGGUGUGCGUGCCCCUCCCAAGGCAGGGCCAGAGGAAAACGAGGCAUUCUGGGAAGAAGAGGAGGACAGCGGAGAGGAGCUGCUGAUGGAUUCAUCAUAAACUUUAAUUUAAGGCUUGGUUCAGUUUGUAGCUGCAGAUUUUAGCUGGAGGUUUCAGGAGAUGAACUUUUUUCUCCACGUGGAGUCAGAGGAGAACCUGGGCCCUUCAGAACAAACCUUCAAUACAAGUUAUUUUCUGAAAAAUAAAAGUUAGUGUCAUAUAUUAAAAUCUCAGAGUUUCAGUGUUUCUCUCACAGCUGUUAUUUUCAACAGAGCUCUUACAUAUAACAUAAUUAUACAACAGCACAGCUUCACACACAGGUGAUCAUCUUCAAACUGAACUGAAUUAGAAGAAGGUUCAAUCCAAAUCAACUUUGUCAUUUCAUGCGACCCAGAGCCCCGAGACGGCAGGGGUCACAAAAUGACCACAAAGAGACAAAAUACAGCCAUAAAGAAGCAAACAACGACCACAACAAAACGUAAAGAAAAACAAAGAAACACAAAAAAUUACCUAAAGAAACAAAAAAUGACUCGAGAGACAAAACACAGCCACAAAGAAAUGUGAAACGACUACAUAGAAAUAUUACGACUGCAGAGAGAAAAAACGACCACAGCGAAACAUAGAACCACAAAAAGACAUAAAAUGACCACAGAGACUAAAAACAACGACAAAGAAACACAAAAUAACCACACAUUAAAACACUGAUGAUGUCUGUAGUUGUUCCUUCACAGGUCACAUAACAAUGUAGUUUAACUGUCAGAUGAACCAGGUUUUUACUGUUAAAUCAAAGUUCAUGUUUCUGUAGGUUCAACUUCAAUUUAAAACUUUUUAACUCAAACAGAAAAACAUCUAAGAAACAUUACUGCAGUAACAGCAGAAAAUAUUUAAGUUGGAUGUGAAUGAAAUCCAAGAUAUUUGUGGCAUCAGUGUCUUUUUUUUCCUCAGCCUUUCCAGAGCUUGCUCCAGUGAGAAAGAGAAAGAGCGCCUCCUGCUGGAGACUCGCUCUGCAACAUCUUUAAAUAUUCAGUUAAAUUAACGUACUGCUGUGGGUUUGAGUCCAGUUUCCUUAAAAAGCAUCAAAAGGUCUUAGAAGUCUGGUGUUUUACUUUAAGUCAAAGAAAUACUCUCAAAAUUUUACCAGAGUAGAUGGAAGUUUUAGCAUCAAAAUAUAUUUAAAGUAUGAAAAGUCAGAGUUCUCAUGAGGCACAAUAAUACACAGUAUAUUAUAUUAUUAAUUUAUUCAUGUAUUUGUAACUAACCUACUUCUAUAAUAAUUUAUUUGAUGUAUCAAUAAUGAACCUGUAAAGCAACUGCCAGACACCAUGAAGAUGCCGUACUGAGGCUUCACCAGCAGGUGUCACUAUACAGUUUUUUUUCUAAAAUGUCUCUACUGAAAAUGAACCAGGUUCAGUUUUGUUCCUGAGUCGCAGCUAAAAUGAUCUUUAAUCCAGUUUAAUCCAGUCUGUGAGUUCGUACAGUUUGGUGCAGAACAGAUCCAGAUAUUAACCCCGAUCGCUUCCUAAUAAUAUCAAUCAUUAAACCGGAGUAGAGAAAAUGGACGAAGGGAAUAAGCCAUUAAAUCAACAGCGAUCAGAGCAGGAGAGAAAUGAUUUGUUCUCUUGUUAAAGUUUCAGACCCAAAGCAACAGAACCACAGACCUCAGAACUGGAAGAUUUUCUGACAAAAACACACGCGUUUCAAUUGUCAAGGCAACUUUUCUGUUUUAUUUUCUUAUUCAUUUUUUUGACUUAACAAAAAAAACGUUUGGACUUUGUGGGAAAAAACGUUAAUGCAAAAGAAACUUUUAAAGGCAAA